GACAGAAGAGCAGAGUUGUGUGUUUAGCGAGCAACAUCUGUGGACGAGUUAACUCUGAAUAUGAGCUUUUAAUUUACUUGUUUACUGUUACGCGUUUUAUAUGUCAGUAGCUUUUCAGUGAGCAGCCACUACAAGCUGAAAUGAAGACACUAGUUGUAGGAGUUGGCGGACUCGGGCACUGACACCUUGGUGUGCACUCCUACACCACUGCAGCAGUGUGAGAAGUUAAACCACCAGAUGUCAGCAAAAGCAAAGUGAUAAGUUGCUCUUUAAAAGUCUUUAAAAGGUUAUCAUUGACUUGAGGCACAUUAUCUCCAUCAAGGAAGCUGUAGAUUUCAGUUUGUCUACUAUUUAGAAGCAGGAUGACCAAUGGAGGAAAAUCGACUCUUUCUAGGAGUCUACACGAGCAGAUACCCAACAGCUGCAUCAUUGCACAGGACUCAUAUUUUAAGGAUGAUUCUACGGUACCAGUGGACACCAAUGGGUUUAAGCAAUAUGACGUGCUUGAUGCUCUCCACAUGGACACAAUGAUGAGCGAUGUUGACAAGUGGCGACGGGAUCCCGCCUCGUUCCUGAAGCAGCAAGGCCUGAACCCAGUGCGCACAACACCGUCUGUCGAUAAGGAGGUGUUUGUCCUGAUAGUGGAGGGCUUCCUCAUUUUCAACUACAGGCCUCUGAAUGAGCUCUUUGACAAAAGAUACUUCAUGGAAAUACCUUACGAUGUCUGCAAGAGGAGACGAAGUAAACAAGGAGCAAGAGAAAACAUCUUCUUCUUCAGUGUUUUAAAUUCUGCUGCUGUCUUUGACAGUUCAAGAGUGUACACGCCCCCUGACCCUCCUGGCUACUUUGAUGGAUACGUGUGGCCAAUGUACCUGAAAAACCGCCAGAAAAUGAUGAACAUGGUGUCUGGAAUUAAAUUUCUGGAUGGACUGAAGCCAAAGGAAGAGCUACUGGCUGCUGUGUGUACAGAUGUUUCUCAGGAAAUAGAAAGUCUCAGGGGUAUGUUGCAGGGAUUUGUGUCUCUGCCAAAUAAUCUUGAAAGAGGCAACAAAAUGUCUUUCUAAAGAUUUGCUACAUUCCAUGUUUUCCAAGAUAUUUCUGGAGCUGUCUCACAACCGGACAAUAGAGUACAUCCACAGCACACUCAUAAAUCAAGUGUUUUUUAGUGUGCCUGCUGACAUUUUAAUUGUUUUGUGAGCAUACUAUAUUUAAAGUCUGCUAGAAUUAUUAUGUAGUAUUGGACUGGGACACAGUGUCCCUGUAGGUUGAAGAGAUAGUAAUGGUUUAGUUUUAGGAAAGACAUGGUAGGUUGCUUACUCCUACCUUUGAGACAGUCAAGAUGUUGAAACCUUGAGUAGUUUUAGGAAUACAUACAACAAUAUUAGUAAUACAUCAACAACAAAUUACAUGAAAGUCAUUAAACGAUUUCCUUUGUUUUCUUUCAGUCAGUUGUGAAUGUUUUAAAUUCAGAAGUAUAAUUAUGAAUGUGAAUUAUGAAUGCGACUUAUGUCAGACAGACCGUCUUCAAGACCUUUCAGUUUACUUAAAAUACUGUAUUUGAAAGAAAGAAAUUACUAAUUUAAUUUUGUGUAUUUUAA